AUGGCACUAUCCAAUGGAAAUGAGGAUAUGGAAGAUAGCGGUAGCAAUGGUUCAUUUGUGCGCUCAAUGUUUGAUGAAGGAAUAAUACAGUCAUCACUAGGGACCAUUGAGAAGAAGAGAAUUCAUAGGACAUCUUCGAUCCAGUCAAUUCGGUCAAAGUUCCCAAAGAGAACCAACAGCUUUUCAGCGCACUUUACGGAAUUUAUCAACAGGCGUAAGGAAGCAUUGGAAACGCAAAGACAGGAGAUUUCAGUUUACACAUCUCCUAUGACGGUGCUUUCGUACUUUGUACUGUACAUACUUCAUGAGUUUCGGGUAGCACUCCUUUGGAUUUUCUCUCAGCAGUAUUUGCUCGUUGCUAUGCCAAUCAUCGCAAUGACAGUUUACUUCAUCUAUCAAACAGAUGGUGCUCAUCAGCCGUUAUUGAAACACGCUGAAUUAGGACUGAUCUGGUAUGGAUAUUGGACACUACUUGGGAUUGCCUCAUCAGUUGGAUUGGGUACUGGAUUGCACACGUUCGUCUUGUUCCUUGGACCGCAUAUUGCGGAUGUGACAUUAACAGCCUAUAAAUGUGGCAACACCAACUUUGAUGUACGUGGCGAUCAUAGAUACAUCUGUAAACCGUUGGAAUUGAUGAGAGAACCUCUAACGAUCUACACUAUUUUUCAAGCGGUUCAAUGGGAGAGUUUCUUUUGGGGUUUUGGAACUGCCAUUGGUGAACUACCGCCAUACUUUGUUGCAAGGGCUGCUGCACUCUCAGGGAAUAGGAAUGAGGAAUUGGCUGCUAUUGAGGACCUGCUCAAGAAGAAACCCGACUCAGUCUCAUAUAAGGAGCGUAUUCUGCUUAUGGUACACGAAGGAAUGAAGCGUUUAGGAUUCUUUGGUAUCUUUUUGUGCGCCUCCAUCCCCAACCCUCUUUUUGAUCUCGCAGGGAUCACCUGUGGCCACUUCUUGAUCCCAUUCUCGACCUUCUUUGGCGCCACUUUCCUCGGAAAGGCUGUUGUGAAGUCAUCAAUCCAGACACUCUUUGUAAUCCUCAUGUUUUCAGCUGAUACAUUGGCUGCUUUCAUGGGAUGGCUCGAGACUUCGGUCCCGUUGAUCCACGGAUACUUGGCUGACGGCAUCAACUCACAGAAGGGAGCUCUGCAUGGAAAGGAUCGAGUUUCGGAAGACGAGCUGGAGAACUCGACCAGUCUUGUUGGGCUAAUCUGGAACACAAUCAUCUUCAUCAUGAUCUCCUAUUUCUUGCUGUCGAUCGUCGAGACAAUGGCGCUGGCGCAGAUCAAGAGACGACACGACCAAGAGAUUGUAGAGUUAGAGGGCAAGAUCCGUAGUGGCGAUACUAAGGAGUUCUUUGUAGAAUCUCCAAAAGAAUUCAUUGAACCAAGCAAACAAUGA